AAAGAACCAAUCUUCUUCUCUAUAUCAGCAACGAUGUCCAGUACUCGUCCCGAUCUCAGAUUCACCGAUACGGUAGACGAACGGCUGUUCUACCGUAAAUAUGCUGGCCUUUCUACCAAAGAUGCCUCUACUAUCAGAUUCAUUGACCACAACAACAAGGACUAUUUCACUGCCCUCGACGAAGACGCUGAUCUUGUAGCAGAGAACAUUUACAAAACACAAUCUGUACUCAAAUAUAACAACAGCAACAAAAACAGAUACGUCACAAUCCUGCCUCAGGUAUUCUUGAACAAUGUGUUGAAGUUCUGUAUCAUCGACAGACAUAUGAAGGUGGAGAUAUAUCACAACAAAACGUUCCAAUUGCUCAGCACAGCAACGCCGGGUAACUUGGAAGCUCUUGCCAACGAGUAUGGUGUCAAUUUGGAAGGCAUGUUUCAGGACUGUUCGACUCCCAUGGUGGCUAGUAUUAAGUUUCAACAAACAGGAAGCGCUAGAAAAGUUGGGGUUUGCGUCAUAGACACACUGAACUCGACUAUUCAAGUAUCUGAAUUCGAAGACAACGACCUCUUCUCUAACCUUGAAAGUUUAUUGUUACAAUUGGGUGUAAAAGAAGUCGUGUUGCCUUCGAACUACAGUGCCAAAGAUGAGAAUACCGAAUCAAUAAAGCUCUUUCAAGUCUUGGAUAAAAUCGGUUACCUUGUCGUCAGCUCCGUUAAAUCGUCAUUCUUUACAACUAAAGAUAUUGAGCAGGAUUUGCGCAAGUUGGUGCUGUCUGAAAACCAAAAAGAUGAUGAUGAUGUCAACGUCGAUUUGUUGUUGGCUUCCAAAGGAAUCAAUACGGCCGACUUCGCCCACUCGCUUGCUUGUUGCAACGCAUUAAUUGCAUACCUCCAGUUGUUGCUGGACGAUGUACAGAAUUCUUUCACUAUAGAGCAGUACAAUUUGAGUUCAUACAUGAAAUUGGACUCUUCUACAAUGAAGGCUUUGAAUAUUUUCCCAUCUUCGAAUUCUGGAGUUUCCAAUGCUCUUGUUAAAUCUUCCAAUAUCAGCUCGAUCUUUGAGUUAUUGAACAAGUGUAGAACUGCGGCAGGUUCUAGAUUACUUUCUCAAUGGUUGAAACAGCCCCUCACUAGCUUGUCCAUGAUCGAGGAAAGGCUAGAUUUGGUGAACUAUCUCGUGGACGGUACCAACUUCAGAGUAUAUGCCAACCAAGAGUUCUUAUCGCAGGUACCUGAUAUAAGAAGACUUUUGAAAAAGAUUAGCAAUGGUUUGUCAAAGUCUACUGGCAACGAAAAUAAGAAGUUAGAGGAUAUUGUCGUAUUGUAUCAGUUAGUAUUGGCUUUGCCUGCAUUCAUUGACAUGAGUAAAAUGGUGAUUGCUGAUAUCGAGGAAAAGGAUUCAUUGCCGGUAGCAAAUUUGAUAAAGAAGCAUUGGCUCGAGCCAGUCGAGAAGAGUCUUGAAUCCUUAUCAAAAUUCCAAGAGAUGAUCGAGACAACCAUUGACUUAUCGCCAUUAGAAUCAAGUUCUGCUUAUGACCAAUUGCAUUCUGAUUUCAAUGUGAGACCAGAAUUUGACGAGUCCCUUAUUGAAAUUAAUGAUAAAUUACAAGCCAGUCUUGCUGAAAUAAAACAAUUACAUAUUGAAGUUGCUGACGACUUGAAUAUGGAAUUGGACAAGAAAUUGAAGUUAGAGAAACAUAUACAACACGGUUGGUGUUUUAGAGUUACCAGAAAUGAUUCUACCGUCUUGAGAAAUACCGGUAACAAAUAUUCUCAGCUCCAGACUGUUAAGGCUGGUGUCUUCUUUACCACCAAGAGAUUAACUUUGCUAUCCCAGGAAUAUGCAGAGGCUCUUCAAGAAUACAAUACCAAACAGCGCGAGUUAAUUAAGGAGAUAUUGUCCAUUUCUUUGUCAUAUCAAUCGGUUUUUAUGAACUUGUCAUUGACGCUUGCACAUUUGGAUGUAUUAGUCAGCUUUGCUAAUGUGGCAAUAGUGGCACCAACCGUAUUUGCAAGACCGAAGUUGCAUCCAUUGAGCAAUGAUAUUGAUUCGGACCAAUUCAAGAAUAGAAAAAUCAAGCUAAGAGAAGCCAGACAUCCUGUAUUGGAAGUACAAGAUGACAUUAAUUUCAUUGCCAAUGAUGUCUUUUUAUCAAACGAUGCAUGUGACAAAGGGAAGCCUUUUGUUAUCAUAACUGGUCCAAAUAUGGGUGGUAAGUCAACAUACAUAAGACAGAUUGGUGUUAUUGCCUUGAUGGCGCAAAUUGGAUCAUUCAUCCCUGCUAAUGAAGACGAUUUUCCAGAAUUGCCCAUCUUUGAUGCUAUCUUAUCAAGAGUGGGAGCUGGAGACUCCCAGCUUAAGGGUUUAUCUACUUUCAUGAUCGAGAUGUUGGAGACUUCGUCCAUUUUGGCCACAGCAACACAAAACUCGUUGAUUAUCAUCGAUGAGUUGGGAAGAGGUACUUCUACUUACGAUGGUUUUGGAUUAGCUUGGUCAAUUCUGGAACACCUCAUUAAAGAAAAAAGCUGUUUCACGUUAUUUGCAACCCAUUUUCACGAAUUGACUCAAUUAUCAUCCAAAUAUGAGGACAAAGUUGACAACUUACAUGUUGUUGCCCAUGUAGAAAACAAAGAUGAAAAUGACGAUGACAUCACUUUGAUGUACCGUGUUGAACCAGGAGUAUCCGACAAAUCGUUUGGUAUUCAUGUUGCUGAAUUGGUUAAGUUUCCAUCGAAGAUUAUCAACAUGGCGAAGAGAAAAGCUUCAGAGUUGCAAGAUAUGAAUGUUACAGAGGAAGACAAGUUUAUCCAGAACAAAAAAACGAAGUGUUCUGCCGAAGAGAUUGACCGUGGAGUUGACACCUUGAAGACGAUCUUGAAGAAGUGGAAAGAUGAAUGCUAUGAUCCUGAGACAUCCAAGAGUCGCUUUGAAAGUGGCGAGGCAGUCAACAAGCUCAAGCAAUUGGUCGAAGGUGAGUUUUCAGGGGUGGUUGCGAACGAUAAGUUCAUAAAUGAAGUUCUUACGGCAUUGUGAAGUGGUAUUGUGAUAUCUAGUGUAGAAAUUGAACUAUUAUUAUCAUAUAAAUAAACGAAUGAAAUGU